CUACAGCAAUUUCCCUUUUCAGAGGAAAAGGGUGGGGGAGAUCGUCAGGAUUUCUCUGAUUUCAUUGCACAUACGUCCUAAUUCCAGUAAUCCCCCAGUCUUCGUAGGUUGGAUAAUAUGGUUCCCACCAUUUACUAGCAGUCUAAAGGAAGUCUUGGAUUUGAUAUGGGUGUGGUCAGGAGCUGGAGGGACUACCCGAGGAGUGCCUGGAGUUAAUUUUGAGAAAGGAAGAAGAUUGGGCGGGACACGGCUUCUCAAAAGGAAGAGGAGCAGUUCCAUUCUUUUCACUAAAAGGACCUUAGCUCAGAUCAGGAAAAGGAUUGCGAUCGCCGAAAGGGUAAUAGUCCUGGCGAGUGGGAGACUUAGAUUAUUGUUGGAAGCAAGCGCCCAGCUAGCUUUCACCCCUGGACCAAGUUGAAAGAACAAGGAAUGGGGGUGGGUUCGGGAAUUGCGGCAAACUGACAAUAGGAAACUUUUGAGUCGGGAUGGUUGAUUCAUCCCGAGACCAUGAUGGGCUCAAAAGAAGGAGUCUCCCAAGAAGAAAUAGUCCCUCUCCCCCUACAUAUGACACCACCCCCUCUUCUUGAGCUACAAAAUUUCGGGAGGCUGAAGUUUGUUGGAUGGAAGGACAUCUGGGCUGUUCUUUUGUGAAGUAGGGGGGAAGGGUGUUGAUAGCAGAAGAACUUUCUGCCACCAAAGCAGCUCCUAAGACAAAAAUCAUCCACAACAACGCCCCUUCAGUUGGUGACUAACGAAAGAAUGGCCCAGAGCCAGGUUCAGUCUCCCACCCCUACCCCCACCGUUAUUCCCCCUGCUCAGCCGGAGGCUGCUGGGGCAGCAUGAGCGAAGUUACGUAUGAACUUAGCUCACUGGCACAUUAAAAAAAAAGGGGGGGGGCGGUGCUCCCGUAAGGAGGGGUGGGGGCUCUGGGGACAAAACAUUAUAAAAUAGAGACCGGGCUGCCAGGUUCCAACACUCCCACUGCAAAGACUCAAGGAGAUUGAGCCCAGCAAGGCCAAAGCUAGGGACUUGCUUUUCUUGCUUAACGUUUCUCUUAUCAUCCCAAAGAAAAAGCUAAGCACGAGGCAGCAAAAGGCAAGACGCUGAGUACAAGAAGAAGAUUACGGGAGUACGGGAGAUUAACCAGUUUCUUCCCUCUCUCGCCCUUCUGCCUGGAGAAUCCCACCGAAAAAGAGACGUAGACCUUUCUUCCACCAUCACCAUUUGCAGAUCAGCAGCCAUCAGAGAAACAAAACGCCAAGCAAUCAGUGUACCAGCUCCUUACCCUCAGUUUCUAGUUAACGCAAACUUUUUUUUUUCUGCUGUAAACUUUAGAUUACUGCAAAUAUUACUACCAAAAGUAAUACUUAAAAAAAAUAAAGACGUCAAGGUUUUCAGGCUCCCUAACUGAAAAUAUAGCUUUCACACUUAGACUGACAGAGAAUGGGGGCAGUAGCGUGGCCGCUGGAAAAGUCCCUGCCAAUUUUGAUGGAAGCUUCUCUGGUAGUAGUGGUAAUGGUUUUAUUAACUAUGCCAGGAGUACACUGUCGCCCUGUGGAAGAGGACGAGGAACUAGUGCUCCCAGUCCCGAUGGAUUCUCCAGAACCAGGCAAAAAAGUCUACCUUUUGGAUGCCUUCGGGAAGCGCCUGACCUUGGAGCUACACCCGGACAGCAGCUUCCUUGCCCAGGGCUUUACGCUUCAGUACUUGGGGAGCAAGCUGGAGGAGGAGGAGAGCUCAUUCAUCCCCACCAACGACCUGUCGCUUUGUUUCUACUCUGGCACAGUGAACGGAGACCCUUAUUCAGCCGCUGCUCUCAGCCUCUGUGAGGGCAUCCGUGGGGCAUUUUACUUCCAGGGAGAGGAGUAUUUCAUACAGCCGCCUGCCACCAACGAAAUUCGCUUCUCCUCCUUUUCUUCCCCAAAGGAGGCGCAACUAGAGCAGCAACUUCACCUCCUCAGGCGGAGGGUGAAGGGCCAAAGCGGCGCCAAGUGUGGAGUCAUUGACCAGAACUUCCAACAAAGAGAGGCCGAACCAGUGGAAGAGCAGAGGCAGCUGACGGAGGAGUGGAAGCAGCGCCAAGAACCUCUAACAGGAACUGGAAACACAAGGAAAAAAAGGUUUGUGUCUAGCCCUCGCUAUGUGGAAACCAUGCUUGUAGCAGAUCAGACUAUGGCAGAUUAUCAUGGCAAUGGUCUAAAGCACUACCUCCUGACUCUGUUCUCCGUUGCAUCCAAGUUGUACAAACAUCCCAGUAUUAGAAAUUCAAUUAGCCUGGUGGUGGUGAAGAUUUUAGUCAUCUAUGAUGAACAGAAGGGGCCUGAAGUGACCUCCAAUGCUGCCCUUACUCUGAGAAAUUUUUGCAGCUGGCAAAAGCAGCACAAUCCACCCAGUGACAGAGAUGCAGAACAUUAUGACACAGCAGUUCUUUUCACCAGACAGAACCUUUGUGGUGCCCAGACAUGUGAUACUCUUGGGAUGGCUGAUGUUGGAACAGUGUGUGAUCCAAACCGAAGUUGUUCAGUUAUAGAAGAUGAUGGUUUACAAGCUGCUUUCACAAUGGCCCAUGAAUUAGGUCAUGUGUUUAACAUGCCACAUGAUGAUGCAAAGCAAUGUGCCAGUAUCAACGGUAUGAAUUGGGAUUCCCAUAUUAUGACCUCAAUGCUUUCCAAUUUGGAUAGAAGCCAACCUUGGUCUCCAUGUAGUGCUUACAUGAUUACAACAUUUUUGGAUAAUGGUCAUGGAGAAUGUUUAUUGGACAAGCCCCCCAAGCCCAUACAGCUUCCCUCUGAUCUCCCAGGGACCUUGUAUGAUGCUGAUCGGCAGUGCCAAUUUACAUUUGGCAAUGACUCCAAACAUUGUCCAGAUGCAGCAAGCACAUGUACAACUUUGUGGUGUACUGGCACUUCUGACGGAAUACUUGUGUGCCAAACCAAACACUUCCCUUGGGCAGAUGGUACUAGUUGUGCAGAAGGAAAAUGGUGCAUCAAUGGCAAGUGUGUGAACAAGACGGACAAUAAGUAUUUUUUUACUCCUAUUCAUGGAAGCUGGGGACCUUGGGGACCUUGGGGAGACUGUUCAAGGACUUGUGGUGGAGGAAUACAAUAUACAAUUAGGGAAUGUGACAACCCAAUCCCUAGGAAUGGAGGAAAAUAUUGUGAAGGCAAAAGAGUGAGAUAUAGGUCAUGCAAUAUUGAAGAAUGUCCAGAUAAUGAUGGAAAAACCUUCAGAGAAGAACAAUGUGAAGCCCAUAAUGACUUUUCUAAAGCUCCCUUUGGAAGUGGACCUGUUGUAGAAUGGAUACCUAAAUAUGCUGGAGUAUCACCAAAAGACAGAUGUAAACUUAUUUGUCAAGCUAAAAACAUUGGUUAUUUCUUUGUUCUUCAACCAAAGGUUGUGGAUGGUACUCCAUGUAGUCCAGAUUCUACCUCUGUUUGUGUGCAAGGACAAUGUGUAAAAGCUGGCUGUGAUCGUUUGAUAGAUUCCAAAAAGAAAUUUGAUAAAUGUGGUAUCUGUGGAGGCAAUGGAUCUACUUGCAAGAAAAUUUCUGGCUCAAUUACUCAUGCAAAACCUGGCUAUCACGAUAUUGUCACUAUUCCAGCUGGAGCAACUAAUAUUGAAGUGAAGCAACGGAAUCAGAGAGGCUCCAGAAAUAAUGGAAGUUUCCUUGCCAUUAAAGCUGCUGAUGGUACUUAUAUCCUUAAUGGUGAUUUUACACUCUCCACAUUGGAGCAAGACAUUAAUCACAAAGGUAGUUUCCUGAGAUACAGUGGCUCCUCUGCAGCUAUGGAAAGAAUUCGCAGUUUUAGUCCUCUUAAAGAACCUUUAACUAUACAGGUUCUUACUGUGGGCAAUUUCCUUCGACCUAAAAUCAAAUACACCUACUUUGUGAAGAAAAAGAAGGAAUCAUUCAAUGCUAUUCCUACUUUCUCCGAAUGGGUUAUUGAGGAAUGGGGUGAAUGUUCCAAGUCAUGUGGACUGGGCUUGCAAAGAAGAUCUGUAGAAUGCAAAGACAUUAAUGGGCAGCCUGCUUCAGAGUGUGCUAAAGAACUUAAACCAGAAAAUACUCGACCUUGUGCCAAUAUACCAUGUCCUCAAUGGCAGCUAGGUGAUUGGUCUCCGUGUUCUAAGACAUGUGGAAAGGGUUACAGAAAAAGAAGCUUGAAAUGUCUGUCCCAUGAUGGGGCCAUGUUGUCUCAAGAAAGUUGUGAUGCUUCAAAGAAACCUAGAAAUUACAUAGAAAUUUGUACUAUCACAAAUUGCAAUUGAAUAGUGAUCAGUUAAGUGAAAAGGUGGAAAAUGUCAGUGCACUGAAGGUAAGAGGGCCAGAGGUAUCCAAUGUACCUUGCAUGUAAUUCUUAAAGAACAUCUUUGAUAUGGCCCAGUGCAAAUAGGUAUUUGUGAUAUCACAUCAUAGGAAUAUAUUGACAAAAACAAAUUUGAUGGGAUAGUAAAUGAGGCUCACUGAAUCUAUUUCUAGUUGAUAAUGCCUUAGAGUCUGUUACAAGUUAAACCCAGAAGCACUGGCCAAAGUGAAUUUAAGCAACUUUUCCUCACCUUUCUCAGUUUUUAUUAUUAUACUUAUAAAGUUCUUUGAAUCUGAAGGUGUUAUGAGUCAGGGAAGUUAUGACAUAUGUAUGUAUGUGGAGAAGAUUAGAAUCAGAAAGAAAUAUACCUAAAAGUAUAGCCAAGAACAAGGAUGGAGGGAUAGGGGAAAUAGUUGUUUUGUGGUUGCUGUUUUUAAUUAAAUGUUUCAGUUAACAUUCAUUUGUCAUGGCUUCUCUGGUUUCAGAGAAUAAUUUUAUGAAUAAUGCCCUUUUUAAAAAAAUUAAGAGUGAAAUUCAGAAUGGUCCAGCAUAAGGAAUGGUCUCAUUCUAAAGUAACUAAAAUAUCUGAGUUUACUUGUAACUUUGUAUUAUUCUCUUAUUUCUGUAGUUUAUUUUAAUUUAAAAAUCAUGACUCUAGUCAGUAAAAAUAUAUAGGUCUUCAUUAUUGAAAUAGAGGCAAUUUUCCUAUGGGUUCAGAUGUUAGCUGGAGAUGAAACUAUUUGAGUGGGUUGCCAUUUUUUGGUGAUCAGGAAAUUGGGCAUAUUUUCUUAAAUUUUAUGUAGUCUUAUAUUGAUGAUGUGGAUUAAGAGUUACCUCUUUAACAAUCAAAAGUACAAUGGCAUAAGAACAGUUAAUGCCAGAUCAUGAGUUGAUAAUUUAGAAACUGGUCAAUACAUUUAGGACAUCAAUCUCACUUGUAACAUGCUAAAGACACAGCUAAAGGAGAGCAGGGCCAUUCAUAGCACUAUGCAGUCACAUGAAAGAGAAUAUGGUUUUUUCCAUAUGUACAUUGUAAAACAUGUUUCUAUAAAUUAUAUGUACUUUAUAAGUAUUUAAUAAUUCUGUUCCUUCUAGGAAGGACUACAGUUUGUUAUAAAUGCAUAUAAUGAACAUAUUUAUUUUUAUACUUCUUACCUAAUUGGAUCUAAGUUAUCACUUUUUUAAAAGGUCAUAUAACAAGAGUAUUUAUAUAGUAUAUAUUAUUACUAAAGAAUAAUAAAAAAUAAGAAUUUGAGAACUCGUUUAUUUUGUUGAAAUAUAAAAUGAUUCUGAGAAGGAAAAUCAGAAAGGCAUAUUAUACUUAAAACUAAUAAUUGCUUUCUUAAUUUUAAAAAAGAAAUUAGAUUCCUAUGUAGUUAAAUAUUGGAUUGACCCUUUUUAUUGACUAACUAUGAAAGAAUAUAACCUGUGGUUUCAGUUAAAAUACUUGUAUUUGGUUGUAAACAGUGUUUUUUUUUUUUCACUUUCACACAAUAUUUCCUGUAUUUUAGUGCUGCAUCUAAUAAAAUACCCUAUAAAUUCUUGA